AUGGAGGCCCAACCCUUCAUCUUCACCGUGAUGGAGGCCCAACCCUUCAUCUUCACCGUGAUGGAGGCCCAACCCUUCAUCUUCACCGUGAUGGAUCAGUCAUUUCCAUGCUGUGGCAGCUUCGAGGGCGGCGGAGCUUGCUUCAAGGGUGGAAGCUCCAAAGGCUGCGUUGACGGCGUCAGAGAUCGCUCUGAUGGUGGCAUAGGGCUCGACAGCGUGUCCUCACACAUGCCACGGCGGUUCCACUUUGUGAACCAGAAUGAGACGUGGGACGAAGCGCAGGACCACUGCAGGACAGAAUUCACCGACCUGGCCACUGUGGAAAACAUGUCUGACAUGACUACGAUGACCAAUGAGGGAAGAAACCCAAAUGAAAUAUACUUUCACAUACCACUGGAAAAGAAUUGGAAAGAUGCUCAGGAGUACUGCAGGUUACACCACGUGGACCUAGCCAGUGUGAGGAACCAGACUGAGAAUGACACGAUUAGUCAGAUAGCAGAGAAUUUGAGGAAUGAGCUGGUGUGGAUCGGCCUGUUCAAAGGAUGGACAUGGUCUGACCAAACAAACUCCCUAUUCACAUUCUGGAGAACAGACAAGCUGGCCCUGAUCAGAGAGAAUAAGACCUGGAUGGAGGCGUUCAACUACUGUGAAAGUAAUGACAUGGAGCUGGUCUCGGUCACGGAUGAGGAUACCCAGAGCUGGGCGAGGGGGGUGGCCAGGGGGGCCAGCACUGCUCACGUGUGGAUGGGCCUGUACUACAUUUGCCCCCUUGACGUCUGGUUCUGGAUCAGCGGGGUGACGGUGGGCUGCAACCACUGGGCCGCCGGGAACGGCACCGGGACGGGUGAGUGCUGCCGGGCGGGCGCCCUGCAGGCGGGAGGCGAUCAGAAGUGGGUCAGCCGGCCGGAGACUGAGAGACUCAACUUCAUCUGCAGAGCCUUUUAAGAGGUGUCACCAAUCCCAUGGAUCAGAAGACUCCAUAUUUACCAAAUAUCCACCAAG